AUGCCAACCACUACCUCCUCGUACUUCACUAAAUUCGCAAAGUACGCGUUCAUCGCGUUCGCGUUGACCGGAACCGCGUAUUACGCGUACAAGCAAGGGUACCUCCAAGAGGAUGAUUUUGAUGGAACCAAUCUUUCCCCGUUGGAAGAUGAUGACGAGAAGGAGGAGGAAGACAACACGGAAGAAGAAGAAGAAGAAGAAGAAGAAGACAACAAAGAAGAAACGUUCGAUGUUGAGAGCGUUGUUGAACUCGAAACGGCGAAUUUGAAAAGAAGAGGCGCGAGAGGGAAACCUCCGAGAAGUCCCCCGCCUCCGCUGAUGAGAAAUAAUCGAGUAAAAGAAGCAGAAGAAGCAGAAGGCAAAAAUGGAACGACGAACAGAAGCGAGAGGGAAGAGAGAAAGCUCAGCAAAGGUCAUCGCAACGACAGAAUGAAGAGAGGAUUUCUGAACGAGAAGAAACUGUCGUCCAGCGGGCUGUUUGGCGACGGAGACGACGAAGAGGAUCCAGAAAAAGAAGAAGAAGAAGAAGAUGUCCCGAAGAAGGCGACGACGACGACGAAAGAGUCGAGGAAACGAGAACUCGCGAUGAAGUCUCCGCUGCAACUUAUUUACAGAAACAUUCGGAAAGAUUUGAUCAUCUCGAAAUCGUUCGAUGUGUCCGCGAUCGAAGCGACGAGGAGUUUGUUUCACUUUGAACCAUUUCCAGGGGUGGGCGUUUGGCCGGUGAAGUACGACGAUAUGAAAAUGUUUCCGAUGAAGAGUUCGUGUUCGCGGUUAAUUGUUUUGUCCGUGUUUGACGACGCGCCGAGUUUAGCCGCGAGUGGAACCGCGAUUGUGUCUGAAUUGAGCAAAUUGAUGAUGGGUUUCGGAGGAGAUCGUAUAGACGACGAGGAAGAGGAGGAGGAGGAGAACGAAGGAAACGCGACGAAAGUGAAACAAAGACCGAUGUUCGUGUGCAAUCGAGCGCAGUAUCACGUGACGAUGUUCUUUUUUAGUCGACCGAUUGAAGGAAUGACGAGAGAGGAGCCGGUAGAGUUUUUGAUCGAUGGCAGUGGUGUAGCAGACACACAAAGAGAAGUACUAGCUAAGAAAAACGACGAAGAAAUAGAACCGCCGUCGACGCCGCCGCCGUCGGCGCGAACGAUAGAGAAGCAACCGUCCAUUCCAAAAGGAUUAGGAGAAACGGUACUCCCGGACAAGCCAAAGCCAAGAGUUAAACGUUCUGUCGCUCAAAACUACGACCGCGUGUUAUCUCCACCAACGCCUAUGUCUAAACUCAAGCCGCCGUCGGCUAUUAGCAGCGCCGAAAAUCUCGCGCACGCGUCGACACCGAUAUCGUCGACGCAAAGCAAAUUCAAACGCUCCGCCUCGGGCGCCAUCCUCGACGAAGCCACCAAAGCGCAAGAAGUCCUCCAAACCUGCGAACCGGUCGAGUUAGUCGUUGAUCGCGUCGUCUUAGCCACGAGUGGGGCCCUUCUCCUGUGCUUCGACGACGUCGACGAUUCGCUCAAAAAAUGUCGCGCGUCGCUCGCCUCCAACGCCGUCGGCGUUCGCGGCGUCCAACAAACCUCCACCGCGCACUGCACGUUGGCGAGAAUUUUACCAAACGCCGGCGACGAGCGCUUGUCCGAUUUCGAGUUGAAACAAAUCGACCAACUUCUGACGAAGUGGACGAAAAAGUUAAAAGGGGCGAAGAUGACCUGUCCGAAAGCUUGGUACGUCAGAGAGGAACGGUUUUCCUCCGUCGACGGCGAUAAAGUCCGCUUGCGGUUUAAAGAGUAA